AAAAAGUCUCACAGGAUGUCCGCCAUUUUUAACUUCCACGUCCCCGCUGCACGAAAGCCGAUACAGUAUGGGACAGAUUGAUCUUUAAUAUCUUUGAAAAUGGACGACGAAGAAAGAAAAAAGAAGUUGCAAGCUGGUCGUGAAAGGUUGGCCAAGUUCCAAAAGAAAAAAGGGAGUCCUGAUAAACGAAGGAAGAAGAAACCCAAGCCGACAGACCCACCCACAUCGACCCUUGAGGGCGGAGCCAAUGGGAAUGGAGGGAGUGCAGCCGUGCAACCCACGGUCCACCUCAGCGACGACUCACUGGAUGCAGCAGACUCCAGCGUGGCAUCUAGCGACGUCUUGGGAACCCACUCCGAUCUCAUGUCCCCGAUAUCGUUUGAGAGCGACCAGAGGUCUGUUGGUACAGAUGAUCUUUGUGAGGACUCCGACGGUGGUCAGCUAGACGCCGAGGUGGCCCGCAUCGAGCUGAGAGAAGCCCGUUCCCGCAUCCAUCAGCUUGAAGAGAACCUAUACGGCAAGCAGGCAGCUCUGGAGCAGGUCCAUCGCGAGAUGGAGGAGCUACGGGCAGGGGCCACGCUGAACAGCAACAACGGUCCCAGCAGCAACGGAAACGGCAAAACUGAGGGCUCUGAGUCUGCAGUAAAGGAGGCUGAAUACAGGGCAGCAUUUGAACAGUAUAAUCUUAAGAUCCAAGAGUUCCAGCAGGCCUUGCAGCAGCGCGACGACGUGAUCCGACACCUGUCCACCAACCUACAGGGCGCCCUCGCUAGUCGCGACGACAUCCAGAAAGAAGCGUCUGCGCAGACGGAGGAGCUGGCGCGCCAGAUACGCACCCUCCAGUCGCAACUGCAAGAGGCUGGGGAUUCAUUGAAGGAGCAAAAUGGUGGCCACGGCAGUCUGGCCGAGGAACUGACCAAUGCCCAGGAGCAGGUGACAGCCCUGAAACAGACAGUCAGCGACAAGGAAGCCGCCAUGCAGACCCUGGCCCAGCGCUACGCCCAGAAGUCCAAGGAGCUGGUGGAAGCUGUCGAGGAGAAGGAAGACCUUCGCAGACACUCAGCUGAAGAGAUUGUCUCCUUACAGCAGCAGCUGAAGGAGCAAGGUGGUGACUUGAGCCCAGAGUCUCGCGAGCAGAGUCUGGCCCAGCUCCAGGCCGAGCUUGAUGAGAGCUUCGGGAAUCAGAUCGUCAUGAUCAAGGAGCAGCUCCAGGAACGCCACCAGCAGGAGAAGGACCUCUUAGAGCAGAAGUGUAGUGAGAUGGAGCGGACUCUGGAUGCUAACGCCAAGAACAACAGACUGUGCGAGGACCUAGAGCAGCAGAUUGCUGGUCUCAAAGAUGAACUUGAGAAAAGAGACUCUGAGAGCCGCAAAAGCCAGGACGAGAUUGCAAAUCUGAAACAGAAGCUGGCAGAGACGGUUGAGGCUUACGAAAAUCAAACUGAAAAACUGUAUACAACUCAAAUGAUCCUGGACGAUGAGUGCAGCAAGAAGGAAGAGUUGAGUGCUCAACUGGAUGAGUCCAACCAGGAUCUCUUGCGCUUCCAGGAAUCCCAAAGUGAUGAACUGAAUAAUGUAAAAAGAUCCCUGCAGCAGCACAUAGCAGAAGCUGACAGGCUUGCAGCGAUCAAUAUUGACUAUGAGGACCAGAUCGCCAAGCUAAGGGCAGACCAUGAAGAGGUUGUUGCAGAAUUGAACACGAAAUUAGAAACAACCUUCAACGAGAACAGCUCCCUGAAAGAUUCUCAUACGGAGGAGGUGGAAUCCUUGAAAGCUGAGUUAGAGAACCUCAGAGAGAAGAGCGGUGAUGCUCCAGUUGAUCUUGAGGAGCUAAAAAGAACUAUCAAAGAAGACCUCAGCUUAGACUACGAAGACAAAAUAGAUGAUCUGAAAUACUCUCAUGAGGUUGACCUGAAGAGGCUUCAAGGGGAGCUGAGAGUAGAGUACCAAGAUGAACUCAAAGAGAUCCAGGAGAACUUGGAAGAGCAGUACGUGCAGAAGGUGGAGAGCAUCAGAGCUGAGAAGGACAGGGAAUUUGUCGCUGAGUUGCAGAAGGCUCGGCAGGAGCUCCAGGAUAAAUAUGACGCAGAGUUGGCUGAGAAAGUCGAGGCUGAGCGGAAGAGACUGAAGCAGCUUGAGCUUCACCAGACUAGUCUGGAUGACACUGUUGAUCAGGCAGAUCUGAUCAGGAGAUUGCAGAAUGAGAACCAGGACCUGUCAGAAGCUCGGGAUGCCCUCCUCCAACAGAUUGACUCCAGCCAUCACGAGCAAGAGGAGCUGCAAGAGGAACUCCUCAAUGUCAUCAAUGAGAAGGAUCGCUUGAACGCCGAAAAUGAGAGGCUCCUACUCGACCUAGAGACCUUUGAGAUCAGACCCACAACCUCCCAGGGUCUGGAGACCCUCCACGAUCGUCUUCAAGAGUUAGAAGCAGAAUCACCGGACCGGUCGGAACAGUCUGAGGAUGAGAAAUCCCAGAUUGCUGAUGAACUGGAAAACCUGCGAGCUGAAUUGGAAACCAGCAAGCAGGAUAAGGCAGCCUACCAGGAACAGAUGGACAAACUCAAUGAAGAGCAUCAGACCAAGGUGAAACAGAUCGGUGAGGAGAAAUCUAAAAUCUCAAAUAUGUUGGAAGCGACUAGGGGAGAGCUGGAAAGCCACAAAUCGGCUGCUGUGCUAGGAGAAGAUGAUGCUUGGGCUUCUGAAAGAGAAAACCUCCUCAAGGAAAAAGAAGAACUUCAGCAUUUAAUGGAAGAAACUGAGAAAGAGUUUGAGGCAAAGAUUUGUCUCUUGGAAGACGAGAGGAACAGUCAGUCUGAGAAGGUGGCUGAGCUAGAAGCAGAAAAGGGAGCUCUAAGUGAUCAACUCAACCGGCUCGAAAAGGACAGGGAUGAGGUGAAGCAAGAGCUCAGUGAAGCCUUGUCUCGCUUGAGUGAACAACAAAAUGCUGCGAGUGAGUUAGACGAAUUAAAGCAAACUGUGGAUCACUUGGAGACACAGCAUUCUGAAGAAUCUUUAAUUGCUAAGAAGCAACACAAGGAUGACCUCGAACAAAUUGAGGAGCUAAAGGAAAUUAUGAAUGAACUAAAGAACAUUAACACCCAACUCAGAAAGGACUCAGGCACGUACGAAAACGCCAAGGGGCAAAUUGAACAUCUCACCGAUGAACUGUCCAUGCUCAAGUCCGAAAAUGAAGAGCUGAAAACUGAAGUUGCAUCUCAGAUUUCUAAGAAUGCAGAAUUCGGGCACGAUCUUGCAGUCAUGGGUAACGCCAAACAGGACAAGGAGAUGAUGAAAAAGGAAUUGGCUGCGGCUUUGUCCGAUAACACGACUUUAAAGCAGGAAUUGGAGCAGCAGAGGGAGAGUUAUGAGCGGCAGGUGGCACUGCGUAAGAACAUCCAUCACGAUGACGGGAGCUCGGCCUCGGGCAACAGUGGCAGGAAAUCACCAGAAAUGACAGCUGCGGAGAAACAAAAUGCCAUCCUGCGUGACUCGCUGGAACAAACGGCCGAGGAGCGGGCCAGCGUGGCGUCUGACCUGGUGCAAUUAAGGCAUGAGUUUGAUCUCCUGCGGACGAGCAUCGACAUGAAAGAGGCGGAGAUUACAUCGCUGAGGGAACAAUUACAGAUUGCCGAUGACGAGCGGAAACACGCGGUGGCUGAAUGGCAGGAGGCAGAGCAGGAGUUGGGGGUUGUCAAAUCCCAACUAGAGCAGGAGAAGAAACAACGCUGGCAGGUCGAGGAGAGGCUCCCCCAACUACAGGCCAGGAAUGAGUCACUGCAACAUCUUGAGACAGAGUUAACCCUUGAAAACGAAACCCUUAAAGAGGAACUUGGCAGCCUCAAGCGAGAGAGAGACAUCCAGGCAGCCAAGCAAACUGAGAAAAAUCUCGAAAACCAAAUUGAGCGAUUGAAACAGGACUUGAAUGAAACUGCAGAGAUCUACAGAAAAGAAAACUCACUACUGAAGGAUGCCUUGCAACAGGAGAAAGAUGCAGCUGCCAACUUGCUGAAGGAGAAGGAGGAAAACUCUAACGAGAAACUUCUUGCUCUCGAAGAAGAAGUGGAUGAGCUGAAACAGAAAAUUGUACGUAAGGAACAAACGGAGCAUGAGAUCUUAACGGAGAAAACUCGGCAGAUUGGCAUCCUUCAGGAGAGCAAUGCCAGAUUGGAAUCAGAGAAGGAAAACCUCCAAACAAAACUUGAGGACCUUGAAAAGAAAAUCAAGACCAAUGAGUCAGUCUCGGAAGAGGUUCAAGACAUCUUUGGCCAGCAGUUAACUGAAUUACAGGCCCAUCAGAAAUCGCUACAAGGCGAGCUUGAACAACAAAAAGAGGAGCGACUGAGCCUAUCAGACAUCCUGAAUGAUUCCAACUCCAGGGAGGAAAGACUAAGGCAGGAGAAGGAACUGCUUCUCAAGAAGCUUUCCGAGAAAGAAGAGGUCCAAGAAAAGCUGAUGCAGGAGAGGCUGGCCUUGCAGAAGCGCAUCGAGGAGCAGCAGAAGCUUGAAGCUUUGUUGGAGGAGAAGGACCACUUGGAACAGGAGCUCUCUCGCCAGAAGCGGUCCCUUGAGUGCGACCUCCGGGACAUUGAGCAGCAGUUGCAGCAGCGAGAGCACCAGCUCUUGACGGAGAAGUCCAGCCUUGAGGCAGAGUUGCGACACAAGGACGUGGAGGUCCGGCGCUGGGAAGUGGGUUUCCGGGAGCAGAGGUUGGAGUUCCAGCACCGCGAGUCCUUCCUGAAGAAGCGCUACGAAGACGAUAUGACGUCCUUCCGGAACGACGCGGAGAAGGACAAGCUGGCCCGCCUGCAGCGUAUGAGGCUCGAAAAGGACCGCCAACAUGCUGACGCCGUGGCCAGAUUGAAGCGAGAGCUGAGGGCGGAGUUUGACGACGUCGACGGGAAAUCCAAGGAACAACAUCUACAUGAGAUCUCCCUCCUCAAGACCAGACACCAAUCUCAGCUGGACGAGCUCCGGACUCACUUUGAGACCAAGCUGCAGUCCUUACAGGCGGAGCUGGAUGACGACCGCCGGCACCAGCUGGGAACGGCGAGGGACGUCCACGAGCGUGAGCGACGACGGGAGCUGGACGAGAUGCGGGACCGUCACGAGUGGGAGAUGGAGGCAUUGAGGGGGGAGCUGGACUCCAAGCAUUACAGCAUCUUUGCUGAGAUGAGGGGACAACUGGAGCAGGCGUACCGGGAAGAGGUGGAGCAAGUCAGAGGGGAGGCUAAGAAUGAGCGAGAGCUUGAGCUAGCUGCCAUGCGUCUAUCUAUGGAGCAGAUGUACAUGGGCCAGCUGGAGGUAGAACGCUCCGAGACGGAGAGCCAGCAGGCGAGGGCGUUAGCCGAGCUGCGACAGACGCUGACCGAGUCGCAGCGAGAGGAGAUCGAAGGGAUGGAGGAGAGAUGGUCUGCGAGGCUGGAAGCCAUGGAGAGAAUGCUGGAGGAGGAGAGGAACAGGAGAAGAGAUGACGUCAAUGACAAUUCCAAAGAAUUGUUCACUCGACUGAAACGUCGCCUCAGCCAGGAGCACCAAGAGGUCAUUGAGAGCCUGGCCAAUGAGUGGGACCAGAAGGUCUUGGAACAGCUGAGGCACCUCAGGGAAGAGAUGGAAGCUAAAUACAAAGCGGAGCUGGAGGCAGAACGGGAGCUGCUCAGCAAGGGACAGGCGGGCAAGGAAGAACUGGAACGGGAACACCGGUCCGAUGUAGACCUGCUUCUGAAGGAGAGAGAGACACUGCUCAACCAGGCUGAAGAAAUGAGGCAGCACCUGGAGAAGGUCCACCAAGAAGAGUUACAGGGCAUUCAAGCCAAGAUGCAGGCAGAGUAUGCACAGCUGGCCAAGAUGAGGGAAGACUUGGAGCAAGAGAGAGGUCGACAGGAGUCCACCACCUACCUCAAGAGUGAGCUGUCCCUCCUGCAGACGGCUCAUGACAAGCUAAAGGAGAGAAAUGAAGUGCUGGAGUUGCGAAAUGGGGUUCUGGAAGCCAUGGUCAGAGAGGGAGGAGAUGAGGAGCUUAGUCUGGAGGAGAGAGCCAAGAGGGGGAAGGUUAUUGGAGAAGAAGCUGUUGAAGUUUACAAGAAUGAGAUCAGGAAGCUCCAGGAUGAACUGACAGUGGUCAGGGCAAAGCUCCAAGAUGAGCACAGCCAGGAGCUGGAGAAGCUACGGACCUACUUCGAGGAGCGGGUCGUAGAAAAUGAGAAGCGUUGGGCCCAGGAGAUGGCUGAUCUCAAGGCGCAGUAUGAGGAAGAGCGGGAGCACGGCUCUAAAGAGGAUGAUGAAGAGGAUGGGAGACCGAAACAGCGUAGCUAUGCCCAGACUAUGAUGAUGAUGACGCACCUGUCGGAUGUUGAGAGCUCUCCGCCCCAAUCUCCUGAGCGCUUUGCGGAGAUCGAGGCGGAGGUCAAACAGCAGCUGAGGAGUGAACUGAGGGGCAUCCUGGAGGAGGAGUAUCAAGCCAGGAUGGAUAACAUGAAAGAGGAGCUGCAGCACGAGAACAGGAUGGAACUGGAGCGGAGGAAUCUCGAGUCGGAACUAAAACUGGAAGCUGAAUUGAUGGCUGCUAAGGAUUUACUGAAUACGAGACAUGCCUUGGAGGUUGAGAACCUCAAGCAGAUCCACCUGGAGGAGCUGGAAGAACUGCGACAACAGCUCUCAGAGGAGAACACCAAGGCCAUAACAAAGCUUCGGCUGGAGUGUGCUGCCGAGACUGCACGGCAGGUGGAAGAGGAGUCCCAGCGAAUCAAAGAGGAACUCAAGUUUGCCCACGAGGAGGAAAUGUCACAGCUGAAGGAUGACUUGGAGCACAAGCUUGCAGUUGAGAUGGAUUCACUUCAAGGCGAGCUGGAACUGCAGAAGGACAUUGAGGGGAAACGGGCCAAAGCAGAGGCCAAAGAAGAGUUUGAUAUUCAGUUCCGGACUAUGCAGGCAGACCUGGAGCAGCAAGCCCAGGACAAGAUAACUGAUGAGGUUGCUCGCAUCCUUGCUGAGGUCACCAUGGAGAAGGCUCAGGAGAUGGAAAGUAUACAGACGGUUCUUGAUGGACAGAUGGAGAAAAUUCAAGAUUUAGAAAAGAGAAAAGAUGACCUUGAAGACCAACUAGACAAUCGCAUGAAGGAUGAAGACAAGGUAGGAGAAAAGUAUGCCAAUGAGAUUGCCAAUUUGAAGCAGCAGCUGGCUGACACAGAAGAUGCUCUCAGAGCUCUCCGGGAGGGAAUUGAGAGUGGAGAGGCACCAGAGGUUCAGGCUCUCAAGGAGAACCUGGUGAGACAAUAUGACAACCAGCUGGAGAUGAUUAAGGCGACGAUGACCGAAGAGAUUGAGUCUCUCACGAGAACCACUCAGCUCCAAUCUGCCAAGGAGCUGGAGGAGAUGCAAGUCAACUUCAUGCAGGAGCACCAGGCCAUGCUGGAUAAAUUUGUUGAGAGCCAAGACACGGAUAUCAUGGCGCUCAAACAGCAGCACGAUAAAGAACUAGAAGAGCAGCAUGAGCGCUUGCAGAACAACUUUGAGCAGGAGCUCAACGAUGCCCAGGAAUCCCUCCAAGAGGAACAAGCGAAGGAGCUUGAGGAGCUCCGAAGAGUUCUAGAUGAGGAACACGCCAAAGAGAUAAGUGACUUAAAAUCACAGCACUUUGAGGAGCUGGAAGCUCUCAAAGUUGAUCUAGCCGAAACUCUGAACGAGGAGAAAAAGAAGAUGGGGGAGCAAAUGGAGAAGGAGCGAGCUCACAUCCUGAAUGCCGAGGAGCUCCUGGAAUCCAUCAAAGCCAAACAUGAGGAGGAGAAGGCUCAAGUCACGGAAGACCUUGUCUCCGACCACAUGGCUAAGUUCCGGCAGGUCACGGAUGAGCUAGAGUCCGAGCACCGGCAAGAGUUGGAGUACAUGAAAGAGAUGCUGCGGAGCUCCAUCGAGAAAGAGUUCAAGGAGAGGAUACGCAGCUUGGAAGAGGAAAUCCAAGGGCAGCAGGCGGAGAAAGAGACGGUGCGGGAAAAACACGAGACGGAACUCAUGGAGCUGAAACAGAACCACGAAGAGCAGUUGGCGAAGUUAAGAGUGAAUCACGAGGAUCAGCUUGAGGCCAUUGCCACGGAUUCCGAGCGCGAGAUCGAAUCAGCCAAGAUGGACCUGGAGGAGGCUCAUCGGAGGGAGGUGCUACGUCUCCAGAGUGAACUCGGAGACGGGAAGCAGGGAAGUCUUUUGGCUCUCAAGGACGCCCACGAGAGUGAGAUUCAGAGGCUCAAGGGGGAACAUCAGCAGGAGAUAGAGGCCGUGAAGGAGGAGCAGGAAGGGAGAGUGAAGGAGGCGGUAGAAGAACUGAUGAAGAAGCAUCAGGAAGAGAUUGAGACAGCACUUGAGGAGUUGCAAGAGCAGCUGAUGCAUCAAGCUGAGCAGGAGAAAGGUGAGCUGGAUCAGAUGAUGAAAGAGAAAGAAGAGCAACAGAGGGAGGAAGUGGAAAAGCUUCAACAGCAGUCAAACCAGUUACAGCAAGAGAACAUGGCGUUGUUGCAGCAGAUUGCGCAGUACGACACCGUGAUCAGCCGACGGGAGCGCGAAAACGAAGAAGGCGGGAACUUACUGAGCAUGAUGCGGGCCGACGCGGACCGACUGAGCAGCGAAAAGGCUGCUUUGCAAGAAGCAAACAACCAUCUGCUGGCUGUGCUCACCGCAGCGGUCCGCGCUACCAUGGCAACCGAGGAAACCAUCAACAGGCAGAUGGCCAAGCUGGCGGCCGCUACCACUCGGUCGGCGGGGGAGGGCAGGUCGGACAGCAGGGAGGGUGAGGGUCGGACGGAGGCCGAAGGGGAGGCUGCGGAGGGCGGGGCUAGCUUGCAACUCGGGGGAGCCCAGGCAGCAGCCAGGGGCAAACCCCCGGAUGGACCCCCAGACGGACCCCCCGAUGCACUGCACGACACCAGCGUUGCCUCAUUCUUCAGCGAUGAGGGUUUGGAGUUAUCCCAGCAGCUGAUGGAGAGCAUGUUCAGCGGGCCGGACCUGGACACGGAGGGGGAGGAGCUUGUGACAAGCGCCAACACUCGCCUUCAAGCCUCGGUCGACCGUCUUCUAGAGAUGGUCUCCUCGACGGCGGAUGAGAUCCAACGAGCCAGGAGCUCCCAGGCCGAGCUCCUGAACGCCACCGAGUCUGGCAUGGAAGAGAUGAACCUGCUGAGGGCGGACCGAGACAACCUGACGGCACAGGUGCACGAGGUGUCGGAGAAAUGCGAGAAGUUGGGGGUGGAGCUACACCGAACUGGAGGUUUGAUGGACGGGCUGGCAGUUGAGAAGCAAGAACUGGAGGAAACAAACACCAAACUGGAAGCGGACAAACACAACAUGGCCGCCGAGCUGGAGUCCCUCCGAGAGAGGCUGGGCAGCAUUGAGCACGCUCAGAACUCCCUGCAGCAGGAGAGGGAACGCGUGGAGGAACAGAAGGCUGCGUUUGAGCAACGCCUCGGCGAAGAGGAUCUCGACUCGAGAGGCAUCCUUCAAGAGAACCUCCGUCUCCGCGAGGAGGCCGAGGCCGCUCUCCUGGAGCGCCAAGACGCCGAGCGGCAGGCGACCAAGGACAAAGCGGACCUGAAAGACCAGCUGCAUCACCUGGAGGCGGCGCUAGAGGAGCAGAUCGCCCGGGGGGACUCGCUGGCCGAGAAGAGGAAGGCGGAGACGGAGGAGAUGAGGAGGGAGCUGGAGGUCCUUGAGAAACAACUCAAGAAGAACAAACAAUUCCUAGAGCAACAAACCAUAGAGCGAGAGCAGGAGAGGGAAGAGUUCCAGAGGGAGAUACACCGAUUGGAGGAAGAGCAGAGGUCACGGGACAGGUCACCGUCAAACGUGGAUGAGAUCUUUAGGAAAGAGGCCCAAGAGCUACGCGAAGAGCUGCGAGAAAAGGCGGAGCUGGUCAGCCAGGGCCAAGCGAGGGCGCAACAGCUGGAGCGGGACCUUCACUUCUCAGAGGACACGGCCCGGGAACUGACCAGCCAGCUGAAAGAGGCAGAGCGCCACCUAGACGAGGCCGUCCAAUCGCAGCAGCAGGCGGAUACCAAGGCGGAGGAACUGGAGCGCGACUUGGACGAACAGCGCCAGCUAGAGGCUGAGAUUAUGCACGAGAAGGAGGCGCUGCAGAAACAGCUGUACGAUCAACUCAUACAGAUCUCAGCCUUGCAGUCCAAACUGGACGCCCUGAAACACGGCGUGGAUGGCGGUGACGGCACCGCCAGCUCUGACUCCGGUGAGGUUGUCAGCAACGAGGUCUCCUUGCUGAAACAACUUGAAGAGGACAAGGAGGCUCUCGAGAGGAAAGACAAAGAGAUUGAGAACCUCGUGGAGCAGUUGGAGCAGUUUAGGGAGGAGAUCAUCAACAAGGACGAGGAGAUAUCGCAGCUGAACAUGCAGAUUGACGUUGGGAACAGGGAGCAGGACUCGGGACGGGAGGACCUCGAGGGACAGCUGGCUCAGGCACUGGAGGAGGUGCAUCAGUUGGAGGACAAAGUGACUUCGUCCAGUCAAGACGUGGCCGCCUCCAUGCCCCGCUUUGCCCAGGAGCUCCUCGACGAGAAGAACCAAGAGAUAGACCACCUCAACGAGCAACUGACCCAGGUCAUGCAGGACCUGCAGGAGGCCCAGAUGCAGGCUGAGCACCCUCCGGAGGUGGUAGUAAGCCAGUCCCAGCGCCCUCCUGAGGCAACAGGGAGCCAGGUGAAUGCUGUAAAAGAGUUGGAAAAAGAACUGGAGAAAUUACAAGGAGAGUUGGACACCAAACUCAAAACCAAAGAAGAGGAGAUAGCGAACCUGAAGCAGUCCUUAGACCAGGAGAGGACCAGGGACGUGCUGUCUCAUCCCACGGUGGAACAGAAACUCAAGACACUCCAGAGACACAACAUUGCUCAGGAGACUCGACACGAACAGGAGGUGUCGGCUCUGAAGCAGAUGUUGGUGGUGCGUGAGAGAGAGGUGGCUCACUUGGAAGGUCUGCUGGUCAGACUCCAGGAGCAGUCUCCCGGUGGGAGUAACAGCAAGACAUAUAAAAGCCACAUCAAGGCACUCAAGCAGGAAGUGCAGGAUAAAGAGGCAGAAAUUACCCAACUCCGCCUCCAACUUGACAAUUUGGAGGAGAAACUCUUCCAGCUGCAGCAGCAAGAUUUGGACGAAGAGCCCCCGCACCAACAGCAGCAGCCUUCCCCGGCCGACGCCGAUACCAGCUGGCAGCGCCUGCAGCACGACCACGAGCUACGCAUCACCGAGCUGCAGGCCAAACACGCCGAGGCGCUGGAGUUGCUCAAGCAGCGUCACCAGGCCGAGAUGGGCCGGUUGAGGGCGACGCAGUCCUCGGACGUGGAGCGACUCAAGGAACUGGAGAUGGACUAUGAUCGGAAGAUGGCCAGCUUGCAGGGACUGUCGCCUGGGAAGACUCUCGAACAGAAGUUGCGCGAGAUCCGUGCGGAGCUGACGCGCCAACACCAGGAGCACGUGCGGGACAUCCAGCGCACCAUGGAACGCGAGACCCAGGUCCUGAUGGACCAGCUCCGCGCCGAGUACACGCAGCACUCGCGGGCCAGAGAAGAGCGCCACCGGCACGAGAUGGAGGAAGCCGUGCUGCGCGUCAAUCGCGACCUGAUGGCCGCGCACGCCGAGGAGGUUGCUAAGAUCCAGGACGAUCACGGGAGGCAACUGGAGAGGAUCUUGGCGGCCACGCCCGUCAGCGCUAGCCCCAUGAGCAGUAUCCUAGCAGACACGGCCAACAGACUAACCAAAGAACUGCAAACCACAGAGAGACUGGACACCAGACUAGUCGGUCAGCUCAAGACUCGGCAGGCCGGGGUGGGCAAGGAACGGGGGCCAACAGAUGGCGCUAUUCAGAACGGAGAGGGACUCAUGAACGGCGGGGACAUCCCACAGAGGUUACAGGCUGUCCUGAACAGACUCCACAAUGAAGGACUCCAGGUCCUCAGUCUGUCUGAUCUGCGGUACCUCCGCCAGCAGACGUCCCCGCGCCCCAGCGUUCAAGACGGCACCGACGUCCACACACUGCAAGACGCUUGGGAGAACGAGAAACAAGCAUUGCUGGAUGCUAUCCAGGCGCUGAAAGAUCUGAUCAGCCAGGCUACUAAAGCACAAUGGAGAGAGAAGUCUUCGGACUCUGACUGGCGAGGCCGGCUCCUCGCGGCCAUCCAGUCCGUCUUUGAUCGGGAACGGGACGCACUCUUAGCCGAGCUUCGCACUCACGUCACCUCCAGCGGCGAUCGGGACUUGUCCGAGGUGCAACAGCUGGAGAGAAGAAUACGAGAACAGGAGGCACACCACAAGUCAGCUUUGGAGCAGAUCUACAGUGCGGACCGCGCUUCCCUGCUGGCGGAGAUCGAGGACGUGAGGGCGCACUCCAAGCAGCUCGCCGGUGAGCUGCAGGACCAGCGAGCCAAGCUGACGUCGCAGCUGAACAGCGUGGAGGAGCACGGCACCAGCCGAGAGAGACAACUCAAGAGACAAUUGGAAAUGAUGGAGCAUAAGUAUCGGCAGGAGAGGAUACUCGUGGAAGAUCUCCAGACGUCCCUGACCGUGGAGAAAGAGAAAGUGGCUCAGCUCUCGGACGCCCUGAACAAGGAGAAGAACUUGGUCAUGCAACUGCAGAACGACAUCUCAGAGUUGCAGAUCAGACAGGAUCGGCUGACGAGCAGUAAGGAACGCCUGGAGGCCAAGCUGGCCGAAGUCACCGGCAUUGCUGAGGGAGUGUUAGCCCAACUGGAGUCGGAGAAGUCCCACUCACGGAGUCUGCAGGAGGCCCUGGGAACGGAACAGCAGAGUGUGCAGAACCUGCAGCUGACGUUGGAGAGUGAGAGCAGCCGGACUGCCGAGGUCAGACAGAGGGAACAGGACUCGGUCAAGGAGCUUAGGAUAGCCCUUGAGAGUGAACGCAACAAGCUGGUGGAGCGACACAAGGACCUGGAGAAAGCCAAGAUCAAAGUGGAAGGUCUAAAGAGAGACUUAGAGUCUGAGCGAGCUAAGACAGCUAAUCUAGCAGACACUGACAGGUCUAAGAUAUCCGAUCUCAAGACGGCGUUGGACGUUGAGAAGACCAGAUGCCAGGAACUACACACUGCUUUACACCGUGAGCAAGCCUUGAACACGCAGCUCCACGAGUCGCUAGACCAAGAGCGCAGCGCUUACGCAGAGAACUCCCACUACGAGAAGUCCACCAUCGGCGAGCUUCAGUCGGCCCUGGACAAUGAGAAAUCCAGGAAUCUGGACCUGCGGACCAGAGUCAACCAGCUUGAGAACGAGGUUGAAGGAAUGCAGAAUACUAAUGACAGGGAGAGGAGGCGGAGCUUGGAGGCUUUGGAGGAGGAGAGGGCGGUGUGUCGACAGCUGAAGGCAACCAUCGAUAGCUUACAGGUUCAACUGGACGACCUGAAUCGCAAGCUCGUCGGCGAGCAGGAACGUGUGACGCAGACCCAGCAGGAAUGCGAUCGCUUGAAGCACGCCCUCUUGAGUCAGAAAGAGGAAGGACGCGAGAGGGACAUCGUCAGGGAGAAAGAACGGCAGAUAGAACGGCAACGACAGAGGGAGAGGGAGAGGGAGAGAGAACUGGAGAGACAGAGACAGAGUGAUUUCCAGUUGGAGAGGGAGCUGGACAGGCAGCAGAUUGAGUCCUUGGAACGCGAGCUGGACGAGAGCAAGACGGCGCACGAAGCGACGUCCUCAGAGUUGAGGAAACUCCGCGAGGCUCAGCGACACUUCACUCCUCGGGUCACUGAGGAGGAACUACAGCAGGCAUACGAGGAGCAGGAGUUGUCCCGAGGCAGCCCCCAGCGCAGUCCCCACGCCGCGCCCUUCGCCUCCCGCCUCCAGCUCUACAAGGCCCAGCUCGAGGCAGUCAGGCAGCGACUGCAGCUACUGGCCGUCAGACAGCAAGAGGAGAUUGCUAAACUCUUCCGUGCGGGUCUGGAGAGCGACCAGCAGGAGUUGGCUAACCUACAGAGGGGGCUGACAGAAACGCUGUCGGAACUCAAGCAACUUCACGCAUCACUGGCUCUGCACUCGGAGUCUACCCCGGCCAUCCUGACCCCCACGACAACCACCCGCCUGAACGACCGCCUGCUAUCCCAGAAUGCCGAGCUGAGCAACUUUGCCUCGCGUCUCAGCGAAGAGAAGACCGAAAUGAGAGCAGCGCUGGCCAAGCUGGAGGAGGAAGUCUGGCGGUUCAGACAACGGGAGGCACAAUUAGAUGAGGCAACUCGCCGUUCCUUAGACAACACGGACACCGCGCUUGCCGAAGAACGAGCCCUGUGGAGCAGGGAGCGCCGAGCUACCCAGAAUGCAUUGCAGAAGGCGGAGAACCAGAUCGCCAACCUCAAAUCCCAGCUUCAGCACGAGGCCAGCAAGAGAGAUAGAGGAAGCCCUCUGUUGGCAGGAACUGGAGAGGUCUCGGAACACCAACAGUUGAAGUUGCAGAAGAUGUACGGCAAGUAUCUCCGCGCCGAGAGUUUCCGCAAGGCCCUAGUCUACCAGAAACGCUACCUGCUCCUUCUCCUAGGAGGCUUCCAAGACUGUGAGCAGGCUACUCUCCAACUCAUUGCUAAGAUGGGUGCCUACCCAUCCCCAGAAAGCCUAGAGAGACAGUCCAGACAUAGCAAGGCUUUCUCAAAGUUCAGGAGUUGUGUACGAGUCGUCAUUGCUGUGUCCAGGUUGAAAUUCUUGGUCCGCAAAUGGCGACGUGCCACGCGCGUCGGCACCCCCUCCACCACCCCAUCCGUCCACCCAGAUGUCACGUCCUCCCCACCCCAUAGGGGACUCCCGUCGUCCUCGGUCCCCAACAUCAGGGUCACAACCCCCAUCAGAAGCUCCCUACCCCCGGGGAUCCAUUUUGUCAAUGGUGCGUCGCCCCCUGUGCGAGACGUCGUCGGGCAGGCUGCACCGCGGAGCGUUUUUCCUGUACACCACAGAGCAAGAUCAUCAAGCCCCAUUCUUUUCCAUGGAGCGACAGCUUCGUCCCCACGCCCAGACGGCCGGCCCUCUGGUUACCACUCGGCCUCCCCGCUAGACAGACACCUCAGCAGAUCCCUAGACAGACCCCUGGACACAUCAGGGAGCGGAGACCCUGAGGCGUCCCUGACUAACUACAUACAGAAGCUGGAGAGCCUACAGCAGAGGCUUGGUGCUCAUAUCACUGGUGAUGUCAGAACGUCGAGCUAUUCCACUUUCUCGAAGAGGUAGUAACAGCUUCAUCGACGCUGCGUUCACCGAUGCUGCGUUCACCCUCUUAUCGAUACCUCCAUCCCCUUGCCUCUGAUGGUCUGUUCUGAAGCAGAAUCGCAAGCAUACAACUCUGUUUGUCUUAAAAUAUGAUUUAAUGUGUUGGAAAAGGCAUGCUAUUUAUAAUUAUUCCUAAUCUCCCAUUUUCCAGUGGUCAAAAUCACUCAAGUUCAAUGUUGUCUGAGAAAAUCCUUACAUUUGAGAAAAAUAACAUCCAAAUAGCACAGAACUAGAUUGUCGACCAAAUGUUAAGCACUCUACGAUAAAGGUAUUUUGUCGCAAUGAAAACAAUGAAAUUGAGUUAUAUGCAUGGUAAGAAAGCCCACAGAAAAAAAUCUCAUAGAAAGCAAUAAGCAUGCUUAUAUUGGCAACAAUUUUGUAGGUCAUGGUUUCAAAAAAAAAAUGUGCAUGAAGACGGAACUGAAAAAAAAAUUCACAGGGGAUAACGGAGACAAUUUUUAGGAUAAAAACUUUAUUGAGGGAUUCUAUUUUCCUGAACAUUGGAUUUUCCUUUGUCAACAUGCUUUGUCAUGCAGUGCUGCUUAAAUUUGCGCCUAACAAAAAAGGGUCAGAAAUCUGUUAAAACAAAAUUGUAAAUAUCUUGUUUUUUCCUUCAUUUUGGAGAAGAAUAACUAUUGAGUUAUCUUGGGGCAACAUUUCUUGUAAUUUUGAUGUUUUUUUUACUCUUGCGUGUUGAACCUGUUUUGAGUGUUUUUAAAGCAUGGUUUUUGUGUUCCUCCACAGAGAAGUUUUUCCUGUUAUUUUUGAAGUGACGUUUUGUUUUGGAGAAAAAAUCUACUCAGAUUGAAGCAAUAGUGGAACCGGGGUUUGUACAAGCUUGUUAAUACAAUCCCUGAUUUUUCUAGCUUGUGUAUAAUAUCUAUGAAACUUCAGAUGUUUGGGAAUAGGGCGGGAAAGUUUAAUUAAAUGUUUAUCGUUUGAAUUCUUAGUAUUGUAAAUAGUAAAAAAAAAAAAUUAUAUUUCUGAAAUUGUUGCUGUAAAUUUGAGCUUGCCUGUAAAUAGUUCAUCAAACCAAUUACUAUUUUUUAUUAAAGAAUGGUCAGAAAAAAAGUUGGUAUUGUAAUGAAGCAAGUACGUCAGACACAGUAUUCAAAUCAGCAUACAUUGGUGCUACAAGCAAAAUCUGUGUUCUUUUCAGUAAAAACAAAUAGUAGCAUUGUUUUAAACUUAACUCAUGAUUAUGCAAAAACUUGGCAAACAUUCCAAAUUGAUUAAUGAAUUGAUGUUUUAUAAGGCUGGUCCACAGAUCGCAGAGAGGAAACGUUUGUACCAUUUGUAUGAUUGAAAACAAAAAAUUAAUUUGCUCGUGUGAAACUAUGCAUGGCUUAUUAAAAAAAAAAAUUAAAAAACGAAAAAUGCUUGCUUAAUACAAAAAAGAAAAAUACUGGUUUAUACUAUGAAUUAUGCAUAACGGCAGCUUUUCAUUUGUAAACCAAACAGUUUUACUGUUUGUCCAAAAAUCAUAACGCAACUGUUUGAAUCAACUAAAAUCCUCAUUAUUUUACUUAUGUACAUAUUAAUAGCAGGUCAAAUUAAAAUUUCAUAAUUUCUUACCGUUAAAGUUUGUCGUGUUGGUUUUAGUUGUACUGUACUGAAACCAUUUCAGUAUAUUUUAAACAGUUUAAUGUGCAUAGACAGUUAUAAAUAAACCUUUUUUUGGUUAAAAUCAUGUUUUGGAUAUGUUGAUUUCCUUUUUAUGUUGUCAUUCAGUACCCUGUAUCAUUAUUUACUGUCAGAGUUACUGCUUAAAAACCCUUACUUCAGCAAGUACAGAAAAAUCCUGAAAUACUGGUAUCAUUUUUUCUCCCUAAUUCGCAUAUGCUGAAUAUUCAUGAUAUGUUAAUGUACUGAGUGCUUAUGGGUAAUAUUUCGA